GCAUCAGUCAGUUUGCAGGUAGAAUGCGCAGCGAGAGCGUGUGAUGGAUGAAAAAGAGAAGAAUAAAAAAAAAGAAAGAAGGAAAAACUCCCGUGUUCUCGUGUCUCGAGCAAAAUGUUGUUCAAAGAUCGAAAGUUCAAGGAAAACGUAAAGUAUAUAUAUAAGCUCUGGCGUUACGUCAUUUGAAGAAAAAAAAAACAAGAAAACGAAAAAAGUCAACAAAUUGGAAAAAAAGAUAAGUUCCAGUAAAUAAAAGAAAAAAAGAGGAAGAAGAAGGAAAGAAAGAAGGAGAAGAAGAGAAAACAAAACAGAAAACAUUAAUUAAUCCAUCGAUUUGAAAACGAGAAACAUGAAUAGCACAGAAAAUCUAAACCCUAACCUCGCCAAAACAAGACGCGAGAAUGUGUUUACGUGGAAGCCAAACAACACACUGAAACCUUUUAAAAACAAAGCAAUUGAUGCACGAUUUCCUCACCAAGCUCCUCCUCUGUGCCCCGCCCCCAUGUUCCUUAGAGACCACGCCCAUUUCCAUGCUACAAGCCAUGCCUAUCUAACGAAACUGAUAAUACUUAUUAUAAUGACGUGUUUGAUCAAGUCUGCGAAUAGUUCGAUCAUACCAAACAUUGUGGAAUAUGGGAAAUGUGUUUCACUCGAGCUACCACAGGAUUUCAGUAUCACAAGGUUCAGCGGAGUGUGGUACCAGAUGGACGAGAUUCCCAACACGUACGUUGAUGUGAAGCAGUGUAUACGCACGAUCUUCCAGUGGGAUGGAUCGGUUCUGCAAGUGCUAACAGAAGGGCUGGACGAGUAUGGUGAGCAAGCUGAGCAAGAAACAACCAUCAGUAUGGUGCUUCCUGGUAACUACAGCGAGGACAAACCAUACCUACAGAUCAAGUCAGAUAAAAUUCCUCCAGUUCCUUACCACAUCGUCGACGUAGACUACGACGCCUUCGCUUGCGUCUACUCCUGCUUCGACUUCUUGGGUCUCAAAGCAGAAAUUUACUCCAUCUUGUCUCGAAGUCCCGAAGCUUCGAACGCAACGCUGUCCACGUGUCGGGAUUCGUUCGAGGCGCUCGGACUGAGUCUCGAGAAGAUGGUGCCCGUAGAGCAAGGAGAGCAGUGUUGGUAUAGCGAGGCAGGUACGAAUACAUCGUCGACGUUAUCUCCCCUUUUCCUAACCGAAGACGAAGCCGAAGAUGCCGAAGAAGAAGGAUUCGGAAGAGGCUUGGAAGACGCCCUACUUUCCGCGGCGGAGGAGGUGGCCGGAGCGGUUGAGCGGAUGGAGGAGGAGGUGUUCGGAACGGCGGAAGAAUAUCACAAGACGACCACCAUGCCAACAGGGAAUAAACAACCAGAAAAUGAUGCGAGGAUGGGACGACCAAAGAAGAAACACGGGAAAAAGGGCGGUACGAGAGAAAAAUAUCACCACGUGUCGUCCGGUGUCUCGUCUACGCCAUCUUUUGUUAUUCUAAAUGGCUCCCGAGGCUCCAAAAGCUCCAGCUCGACCUCUCCUGAAGAGCAGACACCCUCCGAGAGCAGAAGGCAUACGGGCGGCGCUGCGACCUCGACUGCAACACCCGGAUUUAUCGCCGUGCUCCAGCUGGUUCCCUUAUACGUUCGAGUCGUGUUAAGAUAGGGUUAUGUAGUGGAUAAGUUUGUUUAUAGGCUGCCUGUAGGGCUUGUUUUAUUAUUUAUGUUAUGUGUUAGGCUAUUCAUUUUGUAUUAGGUCUAAUGUAUGUAUUUCAGUGACCAUUCUGUGUGUGUGUGUGUGGGGAGGGGGGUACUUA